AACCCCUUUUUUGGGGCGUCGAGUAGCUCAGUUGGUUGAGCAUCCGCCCCAUGUGUAGAGGCUACAGUCCUCGCUGCAGUCGGCCCCUUUGCUGCACGUCAUCCUCCCCCCUCUCUGCCUCCCCAUUUCCUGUCUCUCUCUACUGCACUGUCAAUAAAGGCACAAAAAGACCGAAAAAUAACAACAACAAAAACAAUUAUAAAACCCCUUUUAAAUUGAUCUAAGGGUUCUUCCAGGAUCCUUGAGAGGACUAUGAUUGCCCUCAAGAACCCCCCAUAAGUCCUAGAAAGGUGUCCAGGUGUCUUUGAACUGCUGAUCAGAGUUUCAAGGAUCCCUCAAAAGUUUCCAAGAUGUGAUGAUCCGUGUUUGGUCGAGAAGACGUUUCCGGUAGUAGUGUGUGGAGUGAGUCAUCUGUCAGAGCAGAGACGAUCUUCGGCUGCAGGUUGAUGUUCGUGUGAGCGGAAUCAAACCCGCGGCUCUGAUAGACAGAGACAGACACGGAGGAGACAUCAGACUCCACAGUUCUGCUUUCCCGCGGGUUUGUUCUCUUUCUUCUUCUGCAGCUUCAGACUGAGAUCAUGAAGGAUCAGAACUUUAAAGACGAGGUGAUGAAGAUUCUGGAAGAAGCUCCGAGCGCCAGGAGAGCUCUGCUGGAGAACUACGACAACCUGCUGAGGGUGGCCGACUACUGCCACGACAACUACCUACAGUCAGGUGACGGGAGUUUGAAGGCGUUGGAGGAAACUAAAAACUUCACCACCCAAUCACUGGCCAGCAUCGCCUACCAGAUCAGCACUCUGGCCAGUAGCGUGCUGAGUCUGUUCGAUGCUCAGACCAGUCAGCUUCGUCACAUGGAGUCUUCCAUCAACCUCAUUGGUCAGACAGUGGAAAUGCAUAAGGAGAAAGUUUCUCGGAGGGAGAUCGGCGUGUUCACAGCGGUCAGACGAGUCCCACGCAGCCACAAGAUCCUCCCGCCUUCUCAACCUGCUGCAGUUACGCAGCCCCACCCACCUUACAGCCGCCGACCAAUCAACUACCAGCAGCUGGACGGCCUGGGCCACGGCGUGAAGGUCUCUGGGAAACAGUCGGACAGAACAGGAACGAUCCGUAAACAUGGAGCCUCCAUCAGGUCCAACAAACCUCCAGAGCCGGUCCAGUGCCCGGUGGCGCCCCCUGGCAGCAGCUCCAGUUUUGGGAAACCUGUAGCUCCUCCCACCAUCCCCACCACCUUGCAGGCUCCACCUGAGUGUGACAUCAUUACCACUCUGCUGGACGACGCCCUGAGUCCUCCUGCAGCAAAUGAAAUGUUGGCUUGGGAAAAUGAGGUCAUCAACACAUCUGCCCCGCCCCCUCCACCUCCUCCGCCCAAUUUGUCAGGGGCUAUUACCCCCCCGCCCCCACCUCCCCCUCCCCCUCCUCCCCCUCUGUCAGAGGCUCUCACCAAUCAUAAUGCUCCGCCAGCAGCCCCGCCCCUCAGCCUUGAGACAGUGGUGGAGGAGAACUGCUUCCCACCUCCCUCUCCUCCCCCUCUCCCUCCUCCCUCUGAUGACGACAUGUUCCUUCCACUGUCCAAUGAUGGCUCAGAACUGCCAGCCCCGCCUCCUCCACCUCCACCCAGCCAGGAAGUUGACGAUCUGGAGAUCCCAGCCCCACCCCCCCCUCUCUUAUUGGACGAUGAGGGUGGCCUUGAUGACAUCAUACCGCCCCUCCCUCCACCAGUGGACUAUGACAUUAGCGCCCCCCCGAACUACCUGGAGAAAGUGGUGGCGCUCUACAGCUACGAGGCCACGAAACCCGAUGACCUGUCCCUCACCGAGGGUGACAUCAUCUACCUGAUGCAUCGCCAUGACGAUGGCUGGUGUGAAGGAUUCCUCAAUGGAAACCAGGGCUUCUUCCCACAAAGCUACGUCCAGUCAUGUGGCUAGCUUGAAGCCCCGUCCCCUCUCUGUUGCCAUAGGAACAGAUCAGUGUUACUCAGUGUGUAUUUACCUCUGCUGCCCCCAGAAGGGAAACACAGGAACUGACACACAUCCAUAGAAAUGUUUCAUUUUCACAGUUAUAAUAGAUAAUAAUAUAUAAAUAAUACUUUUCAGAAAACAUGGAUUCCUUUACAUAUGGACUCUAUUUGAAGCUGCUUUAAAUCCAUUAGUCCUGAAACUGUUAAUCAGUCAAUUAAUCAAUAAAUCAGCUGCCACGGAAUCAAUGAAAAUCAAUGGUCAACAGAUUUAAUCAAUGAUUAAUAGUCGUUUUUAAACUUCCCUGGUUUAGCUCCAGGUCUGUUGUUUCCUGUGACAGUGAACUCAAUGUCGACACAUUAUUGGAUAAUGAAAAUAAUUGAUCAUUAAAUGUUUUAAACUUUAGAUUAAAUUUUUAUUUGAAUGUAAAUAUAAAUACAAAUUUAUUGUCAACUAAUCUGCUCAAAUAAAAACAGUGAUGAUGGUGAUGAAA